AUGUCGCUCCGCUCGACUCGACUCGCAGCGAGAGGCAGACAGACUUGGGCGAACAAGCCGCUCGGUCGUCGCACUCUUGGAGAACGCUCGUCUGACGAGUGCAUAGCGUCACAAACGUCGUCCAGUUCGGACGCGCAGGCCCGCCUGUCAACGUCCCAGGCUGCUGUCAAUCAGCAACCACCGGUGCCGGCUGCAAGAGCCACUCGGCCCCGACGGCCGCCAUUGGAAACGACCGCCGCAUCGCUGCCCUGCAUUGACUCAACAUGGCCAAACGAGGAUCCAUCGGCAUCGUCUUACCGCAUCUUGCAUUCCGCAGCCUCACGUACCUCGAACAAGACCUUUCUAAACAUUAUCUUCUUCACUCCUUUUCUCUAUCUUGCCCAACCAUUCCACCUCGACCUGUCAUCUCAUCCUAUCGUCUCCCGCACCUCAUCGGUCAACCUCGCAAUCUUCCAACGGCUCGACCACAAUACAUCGGUCCCUCUCAACCCCUCCCUCCCGUAUUCAACACUCCCGUCCCUGCCCUUCUAA